GUGGCCAACUAAUUCUCUCUGUACCAUCAAUCCAAAAUUAAAUUGAUUUGAUUUGAUUAAUCAAAAAGGUGGUCAGAGAAAAACAAAAGAAAAAAAGGUUUUAAAUUUCUUCCCGUACCAGCUAGACCCAGAAUCAAAGUAGCAUACUUUUGCUACAUAUUCAAAGUAAUUUAACCCCCAAAAACCAAAAAGAAUGUGUUAGAAAAGCAACAAGAAGAAGAAGAAAGCAAAUUAAUAGACAAAUAAUCUUUCUUCUCUGGUUGCUUCUUUUUAUUUCUUUCUCUGGAACAGCUUUUCUCUGUUACUUUACUUCUUUGAGAAACUCCAUAAUCAAAGAGGUAAGUGAUUCAUGUUGCUUGUGAUUAUCCCAAUGGUUUUGUUCUUUUAGGUUUUCGGAAAUAAAUAAUUAUUCUUAAUUACCGAGUUGUGUAUAAUUUGUUUUUGUUAGUUUCUCUGAUCUAUCCCUUGUCUAAGUUAUCUUUUAGGGUAGUUUGUUUUCAGGGAACAAUUUUUAUCAGUAUAAUAUAGGGAAAAUUUUCCAAACAAAAUCGAUAAUAAUACUAAUAUCUGCAUAAAUACAAUUCUAGCCAGUAUGUGUUAUGAUCAGUUUACCUAAUUGGGUUAGAAAGAUGGAGUUCGAUUUAAGAUAUCUUAAAAGUUCAAAAAAAAACUUUCCUUUUUCAUGAAAAGCUCAACAACUUCAAAAUCUUUGUUUUCUGGCUGUUUCCUCUUGUCUUCGAUUGUUCUUGUUCUUUGGAUUUUUUUGUUUUAACUUUUUUUUUGUCUGAAACUGCUGUUUCAAUUUGGAAUAUGUUGCAGGAGUUUUUGAGGUUGAAGCUGUUCCUCCUUGGUAAAACAGAGCAAUUAUGCUAACUUGCGCCGUCUUUUCAAAUCUUGACCAUCAUCAAAAUCAUCAUUGAAAGGAAUGUUCAAGAAAUGGGGAAGAAAGGAAGUUGGUUUUCUGCAAUCAAAAGGGUGUUCACACCACAUUCCAAAGAGAAGCAGCUAAGCAACAACAACCAAGAACCAGAGAUAAAGAGUGAAAACAAAGAAAAGAAGAAGAAAGGUUUUGGAAAGAAACUAAGGAAUGGAGAAACCAAUUCAUUUCUUCCCAUUUUUAGACAGCCUAGUAGUAUCGAAAAGAUCUUGUCUGAAGCCGAACGAGAGCAUAACCUUGUCUUUAGGCCACCAACUCCCACUGAUCGAGCAAAUUCAUCAUCAACCUCUGUUGCAUCUCCUCUUGUUAGGCCUGCUUCUCCUAAAGUGCCUUCUCAAAGAUAUGUCUCUUCUCCAAAACCCAUUUCCCCAAGAGUUGCUUACCCUCAAGUCCAUUAUCCGAAGCCCCCUUCUCCAAAGCCGCCUUCUCCAAGAGCGGUUUCGCCUAGGAUUGUGCAGCGACGUGAGUUUGUGCAUAGACCAGAGCCAAGUCUAUUGGUCAAAAAUGCUUAUGCAAUUAAGAUUCAAGCAGCUUUUAGAGGUUACAUGGCAAGGAGGAGUUUCAGAGCUUUGAAAGGUCUAGUCAGGCUUCAAGGAGUGGUAAGAGGACACAGCGUGAAGCGUCAAACGAUGAAUGCUAUGAAGUAUAUGCAGCUUUUAGUCCGAGUCCAAACACAAGUCCAGUCACGUCGCAUCCAAAUGCUCGAAAACCGAGCUAGGAACGAUAAAGAUGACACGAAAUUAGUCUCUAGUCGUAUGUCUGACGAUUGGGACGAUAGCGUGCUGACAAAAGAAGAAAAAGAUGUGAGGCUUCAUAGGAAGAUUGAUGCAAUGAUCAAAAGAGAACGGUCCAUGGCCUAUGCUUAUUCUCACCAGUUAUGGAAAAACAGUCCAAAGUCUGCUCAGGACAUUAGAACAAGUGGGUUCCCACUUUGGUGGAACUGGGUGGACCGGCAGAAGAAUCAAAACCAACCGUUCAGGCUAACACCAACACGACCGAGCCUGAGCCCUCAGCCUCAAUCUAGCAACCAAAACCAUUUCAGGCUCAACAACAGUUUCGACACGUCAACACCCAAUUCAUCAAAAUCCACAUUCGUUACUCCAUCUAGACCCAUUCAUACUCCGCAACCAUACAGUAGCAGCGUCUCAAGAUACUCACGAGGAGGAGGACGAGCUACACAAGAUUCUCCUUUUAAAGAUGAUGAUAGCCUCACAAGCUGUCCUCCAUUCUCAGCUCCAAGCUACAUGGCUCCAACAGUCUCAGCUAAAGCAAAACUAAGAGCAAACAGCAAUCCAAAGGAGAGAAUGGACCGUACACCGGUCAGCACAAACGAGAAGAGACGAAGUUCGUUCCCUCUUGGUUCGUUCAAAUGGAACAAAGGGUCAUUGUUCAUGAGCAACAACAGUAACAACAAGGGUCCAGGUUCUUCUUCUUCUGGUGCUGUGGUGCUUGAGAAGCACAAAACCCUCAAAUCCGUUGGAAAUUUGAGUAUUGAUUCUACUGUUUCGAUGCCUGCAACAAUUGGGAGGAGGGCUUUUAACAGAUUUGCGUGA